UCCAAAAUGUGAUCUGGAGAGCGAUGAUUAACUAUUGCUUAAGUACGAGUUGCAAUUAUUAUGCAAUUUAACAAAAAAAAUAAUAUUGUUUCAAAAACUAAUAACAAUUAGAAAAAAAAUCAUCUACUAGAGGUCUAGAGCACAAUUUCUGAAAUAUUUUAUACACACCCGGCUGUACUUAGCACCUAACUAACACAAAAUUAGUUUUUGCUCUUCAUUUGAUAAUUAAAUGAAAAUCAAUCAUCAAAAUGAUAGCAAAAUGCUCAUGGGUGUGCAGUGCACCCGGGUGUAUAUAACAAUCUCUCCACAAUUUCCGUAUACUCUUUUAUACUUGCGUCAUUAAUUUUCGAGUCAAACUUUAUGAGCUUUGACAUAGUUUCAAUCAAUCAACAAAAAAAAAAAACAUAAUCACAUAAAAUGCGUAUUAAAAUGAAUAUAUUUAUAAUUUAUAACGUGUAUGCAAAAUAAAAGUCGAGCAAAACAAUAUUUAAAAGACGAAGGAAAUACACAUAAUCACCCACAAAUAAUCGAAACUAGUGUAGUAUCCCAUAGGUUAAGUAUUGGCGCAUAGCUGCUAUUUACAUGGCAAGUAAAUAGCAGCUAUAAGAUAAUAGAGUGGUGAAUUUUUUACUUUUUUUUCUUAGUGGUACAAAUAUUGUACCUCUGUUACAUAUAAUGGCUAUAAAUAGUACUACUAAAACAACUUAUACUUUAGUAGUAUAAAAUACAUAAUAGUACAUUAAAAAUAUCACUGUAAAUAUAAUAGUACAUUAAAAAUACCACUGAAGCAAUAAAAAAUCACAAAAAUUAAGUAAAUUUACUAGUUAGCCAUCCUAUAUGACAUAUGCAUCCCAAAUAAAUAGCAGCUAUGCGCUUAAUUGUACUCUAUUCCAUACGUGGAAACAACCACAAAAUUGGAUUUUCCCAUACUAAAAAUAGAAUUCUCCAACAAAAAUUAAUAUAGACAAAAAAGGGCAAAAAAUACAACCCCACCUCAAAAUCUUCUUGUUUGUUCUAUACCAAUCCUAGUCGAAUUUGCGGGCUUCAGGUGGAAACUUGGCCAAAAAGCACAUUAAUGGGCCCUUAAAUCUCAAUCUUUAACCUUAAAUCUUUCAUGAAAAUAAACAAUAGCAAAUUGAAAAAUACGCAAUUUUCUCUUUCACUUCUCUACUUUCAGAGUCUUUGUUCCUGCGCUUAGCAUCUCUUCUGCCGGCAAAUUCCCAUCUUUAUUAAACAAAUUCUUGUUGAAUCCAGAUUAAAAGAAUGGAUACUAUUUCUGCACCUCACUUGCUUAAGAUACCUGUUUCAUUAAACCAUCAAAGAAGAAAUGAGAAACUUCUGGGUAACAGGAUGAUGAAUUCAUCUGUUAGAAUGACAGCACAUAUUCAAUACCCUAGAUUAAGAAGUCAAGCUUUACCCAAGCUACAAGUGAGUACCCCUUUUUUGGGAAGCCCUAGGACUGUAGACUUUGGGUUUAUGGGAAACUCUAGGACUGUAGAUUUUGGGUUUAUGGGAAGCUCUUGGACUGUAGGUUUAGAGUCUAAAAUGAAAGAUGCGGUGUUAGUUCGUAGAGAGAAACCAAGGAGGGGUGUAAUUACUGCAGUGUUUGAUCGUUUUACUGACAAGGCGAUUAAAGUUAUACUGGUUGCUCAAGAGGAAACGAGGAGAUUAAGUCAUAAUGUUGUUGGCACUGAGCAAAUCUUGUUGGGACUUGUUGGUGAAGGGUCCAGCAUUGCUGCCAAGGUUCUGAAAUCCGCGGGUAUUACCUUGAAAAUUGCGCGUUUGGAAGUUGAGAAGCUUGUUGGAAGAGGUGGUGCAUUUGUUCCCAUUGAAAUUCCGUUUAGUCCUCGUGCUAAGCAUGUCUUGGAGUUAUCAUUGGAAGAGGCACGGAAAUUUGGUCAACAUUAUAUUGGUGCGGAACACUUGCUAUUGGGAUUGCUUAGUGAAGGUGAGGGUAUAGCUGCCCGUGUCCUUGAUAAUCUAAGUGUUGAUGCAAAAGAAAUCCGCAAACAGAUUAUAAGCAUGAUGGGUGAGGAAAAGGAGCCUGUCCAGGUAGGUGGAAAAUCAGGUGCUGGUAUGCUCACAUUGGAAGAAUAUGGCACAAAUUUAACAAAGGUGGCGGAAGAGGGAAAAUUAGAUCCUGUAGUUGGAAGGCAAAAACAAAUAGAUCGUGUCAUCCAAAUAUUGAGUCGUCGUACAAAAAAUAACCCGUGCCUCGUUGGAGAACCAGGUGUUGGUAAAACAGCUAUCGCAGAAGGUCUGGCUCUGAAAAUUUCUCUUGGUGAUGUUCCAGAAACACUCGAGGGAAAGCAGGUUAUUACUCUUGAUUUGAGUCGUCUUGUUUCUGGAACUAAAUAUCGUGGAGAGUUUGAGAGUAGACUGCAAAAGAUAAUGGAAGAAGUCAAAGAAUCAGAUAACCUAAUUCUUUUUAUCGAUGAAGUGCAUACUUUGGUUGGGGCUGGGGCAGCAGAAGGAGCAAUAGAUGCUGCUAACAUGUUAAAACCAGCUCUUGCAAGGGGUGAAUUACAGUGCAUUGGGGCCACAACGCUUGAUGAAUACAGGCAACACAUUGAGAAGGACCCAGCAUUAGAGAGAAGAUUUCAGCCUGUUGAAGUGCCUGAGCCCACUGUAGACGAAGCAAUACAGAUCCUCAGAGGGCUCCGUGAGCGAUAUGAGAUUCACCACAAGCUCUCCUAUACAGACGAAGCAUUAAUUGCAGCAGCAGAACUGUCAUCCCGGUACAUCAGUGAUAGGUUUCUUCCUGAUAAAGCUAUCGAUCUUAUUGAUGAAGCUGGUGCUCAUGUGCGGUUGCGCCAUGCUGAGUUUCCUGAAGGAGUAAGAGAACUUGAGAAGCAGGUCACUCAGAUUGUAAACGAGAAAGAUACUGCUGUCCGCAACCAAGAUUUUGAGAAGGCUGGUGAGCUACGUGACCAAGAACUAGAACUGAAGGUACAAAUAUCUGCACUCAUAAGCCAAGACAAGGAACAGAAAGAGGCAAAUGUGGACUACGUUGGAGCAGUUGUGACAGACGCAGAGAUUAGGGAAAUUGUUUUCUCUUGGACAGGUAUACCAGUUCAGAAAGUUUCAGCUGACGAAUCAAGCCGUCUUCUCAAAAUGGAAGACAAUCUCCAUGGUCGUGUAAUAGGUCAAGACGAAGCUGUCAAAGCCAUCAGCCGUGCAAUUCGGCGUUCUCGCGUUGGCCUAAAGGAUCCUGACCGUCCAAUUGCCAGCUUCAUCUUUUCCGGUCCAACUGGUGUAGGAAAGUCAGAACUUGCGAAAGCUUUAGCUGCUUACUACUUCGGUUCUGAAGAAGCCAUGGUCCGCCUUGAUAUGAGUGAGUUCAUGGAGAGACACACGGUUUCUAAGUUGAUCGGUUCACCCCCAGGUUAUGUGGGUUACUCUGAGGGUGGGCAGCUUACUGAGGCUGUGAGGCGUCGCCCUUAUACAUUGGUGCUCUUCGAUGAAAUUGAAAAGGCUCAUCCUGAUGUGUUUAACAUGAUGUUGCAGAUUCUCGAAGACGGAAGGCUAACCGAUAGCAAAGGCAAGACCGUAAAUUUUAAAAAUACCCUGAUGAUUAUGACCUCAAAUGUUGGAAGUAGUGUAAUUGAGAAAGGUGGCCGCAGUAUGGGAUUUGAUCUGACGUACGACGAACAAGAUAGCAGUUAUAACAGGAUAAAGACUUUGGUGGUCGAGGAGCUUAAGCAGUACUUUAAGCCAGAGUUUUUGAAUAGGUUAGACGAUAUGAUUGUGUUCAGGCAGCUUACAAAGUUGGAAGUCAAGGAGAUUGCAGAUAUCAUGCUGAAAGAAGUUUCCAAACGGCUACAACUUAAAGGCAUCGAUAUUCAAGUGACUGAGAGAUUCAAAGAUAGAGUGGUGAACGAUGGAUAUAAUCCAAGUUAUGGAGCAAGACCGCUGAGAAGAGCUAUCAUGAGUCUCUUGGAGGAUAGCAUGGCUGAGAAGAUGCUUGCGAGUGAAAUCCAAGAAGGUGAUUCAGUUAUUCUGGAUAUUGAUUCGAGUGGACAUGUCGUCGUGCUCAAUAGCAACAGCAGCAGUAGUAGUAGUAGUAGCAGCAGUACUGACUUGAUUCCUGAGUUACUUCCUAUGUGAAGUAUAGAAGUAUAGGUGAAAUUUGACAUCUUUCUACUUUGAUUUAGGCAUAUUGAUUGUAUUUCAUCUUCCCUUGAAUUUCUCUCAUCUAGUUAUUCUUUUAUUCAGUUAACAUUUGGUGCAAACAGAAUUGUCUCAUUCGUAUAGUAGUUUUUACUAGGUAGUUAUCCCUUCACCAUCAUUUCAAAUAUCUGAACUUCAGUUUGAGCUUUAAAUUUUGUUCAAAUUCGUUUCAUAUAAUAAUUAGUGCUUAAUAUGUUUGAGCU